CGUUCUUCUUUCGUUGGACGUUUUUUAUCGCCAAAUUGAUGGCUCGUAGGACAGACAAUACGAAUGAUUAUUUUCCGAGUCAAUAUUUGAUGAAUGUUACAUGAUAAUGACGAUAAGUCAUGCAAGUGGAAACAGUCGGCGAGUGCAUGAACGUACGAGCAUGUCAAUUGAAUUUGUGGAUAGACGAAAAGUGGUGGUACGUGUGGGUAGGGGGUUGCUAUGAUUUUACAAACGAGAGAGUAGAGGAGUGAACAAGGACACUUUGUUGCAUGCAGUUUGCACGGCACAACGAGCAAUGGGUGAUCAGUUUGUUCGUGUUUAAUCAUCAGUUAUGUCAUGAAUGGCGAGCCAAGGUUGGCCGAUCGUUGCUUGGUUUCGUUGAGGGGGAAACAAAAUCUACCACUUGCUUCCUUCCAUUUUCAUACAUAAAUGUUGCUGGAACUGUCAUAACGCUGUAUUGCCUCGUUGUGCGUUAUCAGUUGCUGUAGUUAUCCCAGUUGUUAACCAUCGUCCAUCGACGACGUAUCGUAUCAGCAGGAGGAGAUCUGGUCAAGUUAUUGUGAGACUGGCUGCCGGAGAGCACAACAACAACAAUGUCGAGGUCUAUGCUGAGAGACUCGCCCAAUGCGGCGCUCGAUAAGACACUUUUGAACAGGUAUAUGGAUCUGCCACAGCCGGAGGACAAAGUCCAGGCUAAAUACAUCUGGAUUGAUGGCACUGGUGAGGGUAUGAGGUCCAAGACAAGGACACUGAAUUUUGUGCCGAAGCAUCCAUCAGAGCUUCCAUGGUGGACCUACGACGGGAGUUCGACCUACCAGGCGGACGGUGCCAACUCCGACAUCUUCCUCCAGCCAGUGGCAAUCUACCGUGACCCCUUCCGUCGGGGUCACAAUCGUCUCGUCCUCUGCGAGACCUUCAACAGCGACAAAACCCCAACGAAAACGAAUCUCCGUCACAAGUGCAACGAAGCCAUGGAGGCCAUCAAGGAGCUCGAGCCCUGGUUCGGCAUCGAGCAGGAGUACACUUUCCUGGACUUCGAUGGUAGACCCCUGGGCUGGCCCAAGAAUGGCUUCCCAGGGCCACAGGGGCCCUACUACUGCGGUGUUGGUGCUGACAAGGUCAUCGGGAGGGAAAUUGUCGAGGCACAUUACCGAGCUUGUCUCUAUGCUGGCGUCAAUCUCGCUGGUACCAAUGCCGAGGUCAUGCCUUCACAGUGGGAAUUCCAAGUCGGUCCCUGCGUAGGAAUAGCCGGCGGUGACGACCUCUGGAUCGCCCGCUUCAUUCUCCACCGCAUCGCCGAGGAGUACGGCGUGAUCGCCACCCUGGACCCCAAACCAGUGGACGGAGCCUGGAACGGGGCUGGUGCCCACACAAACUUCUCGACGAAGCCCAUGCGACAGGAGGGUGGCAUUGCCGAAAUAAACAAGGCCAUCGAGAGACUGAGCAAGCAGCACAUUCGCCACAUCCAGGCUUACGAUCCACGUGGAGGAAAGGACAACGAGCGUCGUCUCACUGGUAAAUGCGAGACAAGCAGUAUCCACGACUUCAGUGCUGGCACUGCCAACAGGGGCUGCAGCAUUCGCAUUCCAAGGGGCGUUGCUGAGGACAAGAAGGGAUAUCUCGAGGACAGAAGACCCAGCAGUAACUGUGAUCCUUACGCUGUGUGCAAUGCACUCGUUCGCACUUGCUGUCUCAAUGAGUAAAUUCCGAUGAAUCAAAUUGUUUUUACCAACCGGAGGGCAUGAUUGAAGAAUUUUUGUUGAUUCACUAUCCACUUUUUAAAGAAAAGAAAGAAAUUGCGAAAGCUUUACACUAAAUCGAGGCGAUAGAAUUCUGUGAAUUAUUCUCCUCAUUUCUCAAGGAAAAAAGAAAGAAAAUAUCGAUAUUUUUUUAUAGAACAUUGAAGAGAAACAUAAACGUCAAAUGCAUGAAGAAACUCGGAAAUGCAAAGCGCACAAAUUUAGUUGAUUAUUUUUUGUUUUUGAAGGGCGGAAAAAUAAAUGGCGGGAGCCGUCUGCAGUCUGAAUGAGCAAAUUUGAUAUUACUCAGUGCAAAAUUUGUAAAGCACUGAGGUGACAGAAAUUCUAUGAAUUAUUCCUAGAGAGAAAUAAUGAGAAAUUAUCGAAAAUUAUUUUUUAUAGAACGUCGAGGAGAAUUAUGAAUUUUCCUCAGCGUCAGAUGCAUAGAUUUAUAAAUUCUGUUGAUUAUUUUAGUUUUUAUUUUUCGAGAGAAGAUUGUCGACGUAGUGUAGGUUUUAAGCAACGUUUAUCGAACGAAUUACGUAUCUUGGAAUAUUUGCAUGUUAAGAUUAUGUCAAGAGGCUCUUGACAGUAUCUCUGGGUCAUAAUCCCUGGUAUUACAGCACUGUUAUCGUCGCUGAAAGAGGAUUUAUAUAUUUUUCAACCUUUUGACAGUAAUGUAUUAUCAAUAAUUGCUCGUUAAUAAUCUCCUAAUCUGUGGAAUAGGUAUCGAGUAUCUUUCAUAUCUGAGUCGAUGUGAGUGUCGAUUUUUAGGAUUGGGUGCUUUCUCGUGGGAUUCGAGUUGGUAAAUCAUCGGAGGAAUCGAUAAUCUGGGGGGGGGAAAUCGCUGAUUCUUAUUGUGAGGGGAAUCAAUUUGUUAUCUGUCUUGUAUCGAGACCCUGACACUCAUCCCAGUCGUAUCUUAUUGUUUACUAUAGAUAUUUUUUAUUCUCAAACUCAUUUUUCAAUCAUUUUUUAUUCAGAUUGUUGAACGCAUAAUCAUUGCCGAAUUCAUUCUGUCGAAACGAGAUUCCGGAAUUUCGGAGGACAAACGUUUGAGAUAAUUCAAUAGGUGUCUAUUGAAUUGUUCGGGAAAUUCGACUGUCAGAAGCAGAAAUUAGUUUACUGAUGUUUGAUAGAGUAUAUAGUUGUACAAAAGAUGAUAAAAUGUAAAUCGCUAUUUUCGGAUAAUAAUGAUUUUUUGCUGUUAUUAUAAGAUGAUGAGGAGUAGAGGAAAUAUGUCAUGUAAUAUUGUAAUUAAAUAUAUCGAUAAACAGAAUAAACUACUAUUUUAAAACAGUCA